ACGUUUAACUUUUUUUUCGCUGUCGUGGCUGUCUUGGGAAAAAAAAUGUCGAGCGCUGUUAUAGUUUGAUUAAUGAAAGGCGCAGAGGGCGAAUUGGAACAUGCGCCCAUUAUUUUAACUGGUAGUGGAACCUUUCACUGGAUUGGGAGGGGGGAUGCUUUUUUAAAAAAUAAUUAUUUAGACAACUUAAUAUUACUGGCGUAAGAGUCUUGAGUUAUUUUCACUGGCCGUGAAGUCAAAGGAGUUGGAAUUACAAGUCAGUUCGAUUGGGGUUUCCACUUGAUGUUUACAGGUUUACUUUGUAUCUAUUUUUGUUUCCAGAUUGCAGUUUUUAUUUUGUUUUGUUUGGGGGAUCGGAUUACUCUGGAGUAACGGAGGACACUGAGAAGUGCUGAGUGCUGCUCUUUCCACAGCCCCCUGUGCCUCUCACAGACGCUGAGUGAGAUGGAGCAGAGGGAGACGGCGAUGGGCUGCAGGCAGAAGCCGGCUGAUGGGGAUUUUCGAUCGGCUGGCUGCACUGCCAAGUCCGCAGUCUCUCCGGGAGCCUUGAUGCAGUCGCCCAGGAGCCAGAUGAACGGGGGGAGGCUGGAUCCGGACGACGAGGAGAGCGCCUGUGGUAGCCAGGACUCCAACUCCAACACAGACAGCGAUAAAUCAAUGCAGGGAGACGGCCUGGAGGAACACGAGUUUUCUAUCAAAGAGGCGAACUUCACAGACGGCAGCCUGAAACUCAAGAUCCAGACCACCAAACGGCCCAAGAAACCUCCCAAGAACCUGGAGAACUACAUCUGCCCUCCGGAGAUCAAGAUCACCAUCAAACAGUCAGGGGAUCAGAAAAACUGCAGGUCGAGCAAAAGUAACAAGGUGUCAAAAGAAGAUGAAAAGAAAAAGGGUCCAUCAAGGUCUCAUAGCCAACCUGAAGUGCGAUUCCCUGAGAUUCCCUCAAGAUUACAUCAUGACUUCAGUUCUGACGGUGUGAAACCAAAGUACCAGGAGAGAGUUAAUCAGCUCCAACUUGAGUGGUCUGCAACGUCUGGGGUCUCCCCUACUUUCCAGAAUAAUGCAACAGAUGUUGAUGCCAGAAGGGAAAUAGCAAGCACUGCUAAUACAAAUUCCAUUUCAGAUCAAUUCUGUGACUUUCCAAGUUCACAAUUGAAAAGGCCUAUUCCUGGCUGUACCUGGAAUCAGUUUAUAAAUGGAAAUGCUGGACUAACCAUUGUCAAUGCUAACCGCCUGGUGACGACUAAAUUGUCCCAGUCCAUUGGUCACCCAGAAUCGACAGCUAACCUAGCAAAAUCAACAGAUAAAUGCAAAGAGUAUUCAGACCCCACAGACCAGCAGCUGUGUGGCAGUGGAACAGGAAAAUCUUGCAAAAGAGACACCAAGUGCCCUCGAAACCAGAUAGGGAAUAAUUCUGCUGGGUGGGACAAAAAUGGUCAAAAGGGAACACAGUUAGAAUUGCAUGGAACUGCAAAAGGCAGGAAGGAGAUUUUAGCAGGUCUCAGUGCAAACACCGAACUACCAUCGAGAGCAUCUCCCAGCAGGCCCAACACAAUGAGUAGUCAGGACAAGGAUUCAAGUUCUGUUAUGAUUAGAAUCCCAAUAAAACCACAGACUGCAGUGUCUCCUGGCACCAGAACAAGAAAAGGACGGCUAUCAAAAGCAAUCAUGGACAAAAACGCACAAUCAGAACCAGCGUGUGCUGAAUCAAAUGUUAAAAAUACUGUAAGUAACAACUUUCCCAAUGCUGGAGAUACUGGAAGCAAUAGCCAGAGUCAUGUCAGCAGCAAAGUAAUCAAGCAGCAAAGUAGAAGUAUGCAGAAGGAACUCGGUCAAAUCAGUCUAGCGGUGGGCAGAGCUAGUGAACUAGCUGACCUCUCAAACAGUGGGAAUCGGGUUAGGAAACCGACAGCAAUAUUGGCAUCACCUGUUUUUGUAGAUCCUACCAAGAGCAGAAGGGGCUCCACAGAAAUGAAGCAUUCGAAACAUUCGACAAAAAACAGCACCAUUUCUGCCAAAUGUAAAACCUUAAGUCUUCUGAAGGAAAACAGUGUUGCACAGCAAGAAAAUACAGUCGUAGAGCCUCCUUCUGCCUAUCCCAUAACUCCUGCUAGUCCACUGUAUUCGAACACGGAUAGUUUGACAGUCAUUACUCCUAUGAAGAAGAAACGGGGAAGACCAAAGAAGCAGCCUUUGCUUACAGUUGAGACGAUACAUGAAGGGGCUGCCAGCAGCCCAGUUAGCCCCAUCGGUUGUGACUCACCUAACAGCAGUAAGAAAAAGAAAAGAAAAAGUCCUGCUAAACUGAUACCAAUGGAUUCUGUCACCUUAGAGCCUAAAGAAACAUCAUUUCCCAAAAAAGAUGGGAAAAUAAAUGUUCUGGAUAAGAAAACAAUCAAAACUAUCAAUAAAAUGAAAACCAUGAAACGGAAGAAUAUUUUAAAUCAAAUUCUGUCCUGUUCUAAUAACACAGUGCUGAAAAAGAAAGUGCAGUCCUCUAGUACUGUUUCAACAAUCUCAUCUGUGCUUGAGAGCAAGUUAGGGAAACAGAUCAAUGUUAGCAAGCGAGGGACUAUUUAUAUUGGCAAAAAACGAGGAAGAAAACCAAAAGCCAUGGUACAGCUGCAGCAAAACGGAAACAAAGGUGCUGAGAAGUAUUCGAAGCCAAUUUCUGCCCAUUCCGAAAAUCCAACUGUGCCUUUCGGCUCACAGCUGACUGGAGCAGUGUCACCAACCACUGCCCAAACGUCACCUUGCCAGGUCAUGGGGCCUACAGGAAACCUUAGCCCUGUCAGCAGUGAGACCAACUUAUCUGAGUCAAAGGCAAUGCCAAACCUUCAGCCAAUCAGUGCACUUCCUAUUAAAACCCCAAAAAGCUUGCAUGCAAGCACUUGGAAAUUGUCUCCACCACGGCUCCUGGCAAACUCUCCUUCUCAUUUAUCUGAGGCAGCUUCUUUGAAGGAGAUCACACUGUCACCUAUCAGUGAGUCUCACAGCGAGGAAACAAUACCUAGCGAUAGUGGAAUUGGGACAGACAAUAACAGCACUUCUGACCAAGCGGAGAAGAGUACAGAAUCACGCCGCAAAUACUCUUUUGACUUUUGCACACUGGAUCCCUCAGAAGGCGCAGUUGUGGGUCCUGGUGCAAAAGGAAAACACAGUCACAGACAGAAACACCUGCUCUUAGAUGAUUACCGUCUUCAUGAAAGUAUGAAGAAACAGAAGCAUAGACGGAAGAGGAAAAGCCUGCAGAUGCAGAAUAGGGAUGACUUGCAGUUCAUAGCAGAUCUGGAGGAACUAAUUGCAAAGUUCCAGGUAUUCCGCAUAUCUCACAGAAGCUACUCUUUUUAUGCUGACAACCCCUAUCCUAGUAUUUUUCGGGUCAAUUUUGAUCAUUACUACCCUGUGCCAUACAUUCAUUAUGAUCCGUUACAUUAUCUUCGCCGGACAGCUGAUCUUAAGUCCAAGAAAAGGCGUGGUAGACCUCCUAAAGCCCAAGAGACUAUGACAAAGGUGCCUUUCUUACAGGGUUUUGGGUACCCAUUACCCAGCGGGAGUUACUAUGCACCCUAUGGCAUGCCUUAUACAUCAAUGCCUAUUGCUGCAGGUAUGAUGAACCUUGGGUAUUAUGGGCAAUAUUCAGCUCCUUUUUACUUGUCUCAUGCACUUGGGUCAUCAACCCCCUUCAUGAGGCCAGCGAUGCCUCCACCCCAGUACCAUGCCAGCUCCCACUUAAAAAUGCCAACCACUGCCAAACACAAGGUAAAACACGCCAUGCAUUUGCAGCCUUCGAUAGGGAUGGAUUUAAAUACCGUACAGCCUUCGUUAACGUCACAAAGAGGUGGUGGCCCUGGGAUGCCCAGCAGCCGAAUUCAUAAGCGCAAACACAAGCACAAACACAAGCAUCGAGAUGACCGGCUCAUUGGGUCCCGAGAAGACCUAGGUGAGCUCUUUGGGUGCAAAUCUGAUUUUGCUAAAACUUUAGUGCAUCAGAAACUAGAUGGCUGUGACAAAGAUAUUACAUUGGGUGCUGACAAAGGAAAACCCAAGGAGAAGCUGAGGCAGCAGUAUAUUGAGCCAACAGGGCAAAAGUCAUCAAAGAAUAUCUUUGACAUGGAAACCUCAUCGAAAUUGGCCUUUUCUGACUUGCCACAAUGGACAAGGACUACAGAGAAAAAUGAUCCUGUCAGUGAGUCAAUUGAUGCCUGUGUAAGAAGGUUCACAAGUACUGAGACCCGUACAAGACGGGAGACCUCCAUCGACCUGUAUGGGGAUUUGCAGUCUGCAAGUAGUAUGACUGAGAAGCGGGAAAAUGAAUUAAGUGGGAGUAGAAAAAGGCACUUUGAGGGUUUUGGAUCAUAUCGGGAGAAGAAUGGACCAGUGCUAAGGACUAACAGGAAGGACUGGGGGCAAAAUCCAUAUAAUACCCCUGCAGCACCAGGUUUAAUAAGCUCACACUCCAAGCUGGACCAAAUGAUCUUGCACAAAAAUGAUAGUGGCCUUUCCAUUGUAACCAGAAAGAAAGCUGUUUCUACUGAAAGUGUUACAGUCUCAACUUUGGCAUCAUCUCCCCUACCUUCCCCAUCUCCAUCGUGUGAAUCAGUUCAAAGUCCCAGUUCUUCACCAAGGAGAAAGCUGAAGAGGAGGGAAAUUGAAGCUAUUCAGUGUGAAGUCAGGAAGAUGUGCAAUUAUGAUAAAAUUCUUGCGACAAAAAAGAACUUGGACCAUGUCAACAAGAUCUUGAAAGCCAAAAGGCUGCAACGGCAGUCAAAAACUGGCAACAACAUAGUGAAAAAGAGGAGAGGCCGUCCAAGAAAGCACCCAGUGCCACUAGAUGAUGACUUCACAGACCAGAUGCCAGUACUGGAGAAAUGCGUGGAUCUUCCCAGUAAAAGGAGUCUGAGGUACAGUUUAGCCCCUGAGACACUGGCCUCAGCCAAUCAGGACACAAUCAUGGACACAAUAGAAGCUGUAAUCUGCAUGGUACAGCAGCAGGAGCCUAAGUCAGAUAAAGGCACCAAGAGAAAGCAAAAAGAGGAAGUUGAGCAGAAAGUGAAGAGACACAGGAAGGCCAAAGAAAUUGAAAACGAGGCAAUCACUGCAAAUUCUAAAAGGUACAACAGUUUGACCAUCUCCAGCACCAGCUACCAAUCUACAGCCUCUAAUCACUGAUAACUUCCUGCACUUUAAUGUUACUUGGUGAAUGAGAAGGGAAUGACUGAAACUCGGAUGUUGGAUCAUUUUAAAAUAAUAACCAUUUUCUCACAUAAUUUGCUAUAUGAAAUGGAUAGCCUCGUUCCAGCAUUCAUUGCAUUCUUUACAAAUACUAGACUCUGCAGUAGUGUCUGGUAUUGUAAUACGUCAACUCAGUUUCACAACUUUGUACAAACAUUCCUUCUCCCUGUUAACCGCGCUCUACCAUCGACCCAUUAUUUGCGAGUGGGCAACAUGUAAUGGCAUAUAAAAGGGUAAGUUCGUACAAGUACUUUUGGCAUCCUGUUAGAAGAAUGUAUUAAUGAAAUAAUCCUUGGGAAGGCAGGCAGCAAUAACAUUUUGCUUGCAACAGCAUUUCUUAUAUACUGAAUUUAUAAUCAAUAUAUGCUAGUCAAUUAAAGAAGGAAAAAAAACAAAUUAAAAAUAUUCUUGCCGUCAUUUAGGCAAUACUGUACUCACAGAGCCUUAAAUGCAAAAGUGUUAUCCACAUAAAGCACUUUCUGCUUCAGUUCAACAUAUGCUGUUGGUAACUCAGCAGAAAUAGAAAACAAAGUCAUUUAAAGGGCAUUUUCAAUCAAUAAGUGCCCCAGGUUUAUUUUAUGUAGUGAAAAUAAAUUUUCCCACCUUGAUGGACAACGCUGUCAGAAAGUAACAUUGAGCAGAAAGAGGUGCAAAGCUUAGAGCAGGUUCAGCCUGAACUUCUUAAGGGAACAGCUGAAUUUCCUACUUACACCUGUACCUUUAUCACUGAGCAUUUCCUUCUGAAAGCAAUAUUGUACAAAACAGUAAAAAGAAAUUCAAUCAGAUUACUCUUUUAAAGAUGAUAAUUGCAUUUCAAUUUUUUAAAACAAAUAAUAAUUGAUUUUCAACUCCCGCACUUGUCACUAAAAUUUGAGCAAUUAAGUUCACAAGUGACUUUCUGUAAAGGUAGGAAUUGAUGUUGUAAUUUAGAUCAUUUAAAGAUAUAACAUUGUGUGCCCUCCUGUAUGGCCUUACAGUUUUCCAAAGUAAAUAGAUGUUAACAAAGAUUUAAAAAAAUAUAUAUUUUCCACAGUUAUAUAAAUUUCACAGCAUGCUUAUUCAUGCAAUACUUAAGUGACAGUUCUCUUAAAUUACAAAAUUCACUCUGAAAAAUGUCCCAGAUUUGUUCAAAUGAUUACAUCAGAGUUAAUUUUCACCCCUGAAUGCACAGAAAAUAUGGACCACAGAAAUACUGACUUUGAGAAGAUACAGAACAUUAUACAUUAGAAUUUGUAGCCAACAGAACUGUUAUCAUUUGGGAUGGCCUGACAAUAGAAAUUGCUUUAUUUGUCUGAACAUCUUUGUUAACUGGUAAACUCCAACCAUAAGUUGUCAUUCUGAACUGAGUCAAUCAUUAAUAAUUAUAGUUCUCCGAAAAAGGAAUAUGUUUUCUAACUGUGUCCCAGUUAACAGUUAAAGUUGUAACCCACUAUUUCCCAAACUAUUGUAUGCAAAUAAUCGAAUACUUAAUAUCAAAGACUUGGCUGUUUUAAUGUAUCCCCAGAUUUGUGAUUGUCUUGUAACCUGGUAAUUGUGCAUUUUCUUUCUUUCUGGAGAAUCUAUUACCUUAAGCUUUGAAAAUUCUGUAUUUAAUUUCCCCUUAUGCAAAAAGAAAUUAAGUGUUCUUAUGAAGAUAAUCCAAAACAUAUUUUCAAUUAUUUUUCAAAAUGAGUAAUUGUGACUGCAGUUAUAGUUAGGCAAAAUGUUUAUAUCAUGGCAGCCUUAAUUCAGUCAAAACAGUAGCCUGUUGUAUAUAAUGUAAUUACACAUCUUUGACCUGCAUGGGUUCAAACUGUCUGAAUCAUCGUGUCUGUGUAAUUGUCAUUUUAACUGUUUUUAAAUCAAGUUUAACAAUUCAUUUUGAUGCCAAACACUUGUUUUAAUGCAACUGGGGUUUGGGAAUGGUGCUAAUUGAAGUUGGACUGCGGAGUGGGUGGGUUGGGCAGGGAAGUUGUAUUUCUAUGACAUACAAGUUCUAAAAGUAACCCUCGCCUUUAAAAUUUGGUACAUGAUGCCGCAAAAGCAAAACCAUUAAAAUGACAAUGACAAUUGUUUAAAGUGGACCACAACAUUAACAAUGUAAUCAGCAUGGAGGUACAGUAAAUUUUGGGUCUGAUAAAGCACGGUGUAGUGCUGAUGUGAAAUAAUGUAUUGUAUCAUACCUAGUGAAACCUGCCAAGGUUGUAACACUAAAACAAUACAGAGACAUUGAAAGAGCUGCCAAAUGUGUCUACACGGGUGUCCUAGUCAAAUCCCAGUGUUUUGUUUUCACUCUGCUUUUUUUUAGAAAAAAGAGCAAUUUCUUGCCGAAAAUUGAUAAGACUGCAAAUGAAGUUUCAAAUGUAACUUUAAACAUGGGGCACAAGGUCCUUUUACAUAGUGCUGGCUUAUUUUAGUCUGUAUUCAUAGUGUUUUUAAACCUUUUUUAGAGUGUAUUUGCAUGUUAUUAUACUUGACUGUAUGUACACAUAUUUUAGACAAAUAUUAUAUUUGUAUUCUAAUUAAACAUAGAGCAAACUUGUACAUUGUUGUUUGAAAUGUUUUUUGUAACAGUUUUUAUUCAUGAAGCAUUUUUGUACAUUGAAUAGAUAUGAACUGCUGUUGAUUGGCGCUUAUGUAUUUGGCAUGCUGAUUGUCAUGCUUCUACAUAUGGUUGUUGGUUUUAAAACUUUUUUUCUGAAAGAAGCUCAUUGUUUUGCUGCCGAAACCAGGUUAGCAAUAGAGCACUUACUGAAAAGUAAUCUGUUCAUAUGUUAUUCAUUGUGUGAAAAUAAAGAAACAUAAUCAAAACCAA